UGGUAAACUCAUACACUCAAAAAAUAUUCAGUCUGUUUCGCGCGUUCAUUUCACCGAGAUUCGAGUUUGCAGCGAAAAAAACAGAGAGAGAGAAUGGCACCUAAAAAUUCUACAACAGCCGAGGCAGAAAACACAUACCUAACAAAGACGAGCACCAAUGGAAGAAAUACAGAACGUCCGCCGCUUCAGAUAGUCUGGCUUAAUGUGUACCUGAUAACUGCCUUGCAUGGAAUGGCAUUAUAUGGUCUUUAUAUCCUCCCCAGGACAAAACCAUGGACAUGGGUUUGGACGGGGGUCUGUUUCAUUUUAGGAGGAAUAGGAAUUACAGUUGGAGCACAUCGAUUGUGGUCACACCGCUCAUUUAAGGCAACUUGGUCUCUUAGAUUAUUCCUGAUGUUGAUGAAUUGCAUGAGCGCUCAAAAUGACAUUUUAGAAUGGGUAAGAGACCAUCGUGUUCACCACAAGUACUCUGAAACCGACGCCGACCCUCACAAUGCCAAGAGAGGUUUCUUUUUCUCGCACGUCGGAUGGCUGAUGGUCAGAAAACAUCCUGAUGUCAGAACGAAGGGAAAACAGAUCGAUAUGAGUGAUCUAUACGCUGAUAAUAUCGUAAUGUUUCAGAGAAGGCACUACAAGCCCCUCACGAUAAUCUUCAACAUCAUUCUUCCAACUCUGGUUCCAUGGUACUUCUGGAAUGAAGCGUUAUGGAACUCGUUUUUCGUUUGUUUUGCGUUUCGUUACGCUUAUUUACUCAAUGUCACGUGGAGCGUGAACAGCUUUGCCCAUAUAUGGGGAUCACGACCUUACGACGAAACCAUAAGCCCUUCACAGAACCUUGUCGCUAAUCUUGGUACACUCGGUGAAGGCUACCACAACUUUCAUCACUGUUUUCCUCAAGACUAUGCUACAUCUGAACUGGGUACUUAUAUCAACUUGUCUAAAUUUUUUAUAGAUUGUUUCGCUCUUGUCGGGCUGGCUUAUGACUUAAAGACAACUUCUAAGGAAGCUGUGUUCCAACGCAGGAGGCGUACGGGAGAUUUAAGAAACCAAAAGCAUUAGGGGGAUAAAUAUUUACCAGAGAUUACGAGACAUCAUCUAAUCCCUUUUUUCCUCUUGAUAUUUAGCAAUUAGUGAAUUUCAUUUAUGAAAUAAGUUUUUGUAUGCGUGACAUAAUUUGAAACCUUUUUAAAAGUAUUCGGACACUGUUUCUUUCAUCUGUUGUAGCUAGGUGUGAAAAGAUGAAAACACAACCUCACUCCCCCCAUCCCCUCCCAUACGAAUGUUGUCUUUGAAGGUAUCAAUGCUGCUAGAAAAUCACAUUGUGCCUGGGAGGGAGGGGAAGGGAAGAGUAAGUAAUGUUACAAGGAGGGGAGAGUAAGUAAUGUUACAAGGAAUGCAAUUAUACAAGUAGGCUAUUUAUUUGAUCCUGUUCAAAUUUAAGGUGAUAAUUCAUUAUCUGUUUGAAUUUUUGUAAAGUUGUCUUGAGGACUUUUGGUGAGGUUAACUUCCAGUUCAGAGCAACCUUAAAUUACCAAAGAGUUAAGGUGACCCUGAACUUCGUUGAGAAGUAUGUAGGCAUGUUCAUCGAUACCAUUUCUGUCGCACAUCGGUGCUAAAAGUAUUUGUUACACCCAUAUUAUAUCAGGUAGCACUAAACUUAAGGGCCAAAUGAUGAUUUAACUACCCUUCAUUCAACUGAGCCCUUAUCUAAUCAUGCUACGGAAGGCGGCAUGACAAGUUAACCAGGUUUUAUCAACUGAAUUCCCAAAGCUAACGUCUCGACCGUUAGUCCUUCGUUAGAGCGAAUCUGGGAUAAAGAAGCUUAUAUGAAAGCCUCGGUUGAAACAUAUACAUAUACAUAUAUACAUAUACCACUGUUAACAUGUCAAGAUUGAUGCGGAGAAGUUUAGUUACAAUCUGACUCAUUACAUUAGAAAAAAAAUCCAGCCACAUUAACAAUAGAAAGAAGGUUGUAUUUGUAUCCGUUCACUCUUACUUACAUGAUAUAUAUGUACCCCAUGAUAUUGAUUUUAUUCCUAUCAGUUCUACCACUAAAGCUGAUUUUAAAAUCAAAUAAACACCGCUUUGUCAUGAAGCACUGAUAU